AUGAGGGAAGAGAAACGUGAACAAGAGGAGCACGCCGAGGCGGUAAGAAGGGAGAUGGUAGCGCAGGAGCUGGCCGAGGCGCAGGCUGCCGAGGAGGAGCAGGGUGUUGAGGAAGGUGAGGAAGAAGAGGGGAUGGAGGUUGAUUUGGAUGGGGAGAUUCCCGAGGGGAUGAUGGACAUGGAAGAAGAGGAUUUGGAUGAUGAAAUUCUCGAGGGUGAUCUUGAUGAUGAUGAUGAUGAUGAUGAUGAUGACGAUGAUCUGGAUGAUGCCGUGCCAGGGGAGGAUUUGGAUGAUGAGAUACCCGAGGGAGACUUGGAUGAUGAUAUACCCGAGGGAGGGGGGUUUGGGUAUGAUGGUGCGAGUGAUGAUACGGACGAAGAGGAGGGGGAUACGGAGCAGAACAUCAACAACACUUUUCAAACCGCGCAGUUUGACACGUCGGGAGAUGAAAGCAGUUCUGUCGACCCGAACGAUGUUUCGCUUACCGAGGUGCAACAGCAGCGCCGGAUGGAGAGGAGGGAGCUUCAGUCACGGGUGGCUACCGUUCGUGCGCAGGAGCAGAGGAUGAGAGAUCUCAUGGCGCAGCAGAGCCAACCGAGACAUGGGAAUAACAACAGUAACGACGAUGAUUUGUAUGGUGGGAAUGACAAUGACGACAACCACUACCGCGACGGAGGAGCGAAUGACAUGUUGGAAGAGGAAGACCUUGUUUCGUCUCGGCAGUUGGAAGGGGGGGUUGAGUCGGGGGAUGAUAUGGACAUGGAGGCUGACCUGGACGACGAGAUUCCUGACGCGAGCGGGAUCAGUGGGGUUAGCGGUGGUGCCGGGUUCGGGAUGGACGGGGCGGGUUAUGAGCAUACUGACUCCGAGGCUGAGCUUAGCGAUGAUGGGACGCAGGGGAAUGUUAGUCUUGCCAGAGGCGGGGGGAGUGUUAGACGGCAGCAGCAACAGCAGGCGAAUUUCAGGAGCAGUGCUGUUGGCCCACCGCCGCAGCAGCAGCAGCAGAAUUUCAGGAGUAGUGGGGGGAACUUUAGGAGCAGUGGGAUGGGAAGGUUUGAUCCUAGGUCGAGUCUGAAUCACGAUAUUAGUGGGUUUUUGAGCUUGGACGGGAGUAGUAUGAUUGGGAGUAGUCCUCAUGCUAGUUUUAGGAGGAGUCGACAUGGUUAA